CAAAUGAAGAAUCUGAAGGAAACAGGGUUAAUAGAGAGAAUUAAUUCAUUUAUUUAUUUUUGGUCUGCCUAUCUACUGUUCCACACUCCCGUCCGGUAGGUGCCGAUAAUAAACUGAAAGUUGGUUUACGAACCGCCAUUAAAACUUGAAGAGGAGGAAGAAGGAAAAGAAGAAGCUAGCUGACUUUGCUCUGUUGUCGCUGGCUGAGGACCAUCAGACGAACAAGGCUGUACAAAACUAUGUGAAAGACGCCAGCCAUUCGUUUGCAGAGGAGAAGGAAACAUGAGAUGAUUAAUCAGAAACAUGCCAGAUAUAAAGCUGUUGACAGCGAGUGGACUGGCAGCUGACUUGUCUGUAGUUGGUUAGCUUAGCGUAGCAUUUUGUGAACGUGUUUACAGUUAGCUAGCUCUCCGGCUAGCUAAUGAAGCUGGCAGUAUGGACCUCGGAAUAAUGUUGUACAACAAUUUGAAAGAUGUUACAUGGAGCACGACAUCUCUGCCAUUAGACCAACUUGUGGGCGCAUACAGGUUGCCGCAAAUCGUGAAGCUGGAUAACGGCGAGCUGGUUGAAGGGCUUCGAGACAAUGACUACCUCUUGGUUCAUUCCUGCCGGCAGUGGACAACCAUCACAGCUCACAGUCUGGAGGAGGGACACUAUGUCAUUGGGCCCAAAAUUGAGAUUCCGGUGCAUUAUGAAGGUCAGUUUAAGUUGCUGGAGCAGGACAGAGAUGUCAAGGAGCCAGUGCAGUACUUCAACAGCGUGGAGGAGGUGGCCAAAGCAUUUCCUGAAAGGGUGUAUGUCAUGGAAGAAAUCACUUUCAAUGUGAAGAUUGCUUCAGGGGAAUGCAAUGAAGACACUGAAGUUUACAAUAUCACACUAAGCACUGGUGAUGAGCUUACAUUAAUGGGCCAGGCCGAGAUCCUCUAUGCCAAGACUGCUAAGGAGAAGUCCAGAUUCAACACUAUUUUCAAAAAGAUUGGAAAGCUGAAUUCCAUCAGCAAGAUUGGCCGAGGAAAGAUGCCCUGCUUGAUUUGCAUGAAUCAUCGCACUAAUGAGAGCAUCAGCCUGCCCUUCCAGUGUAAAGGUAGGUUCAGCACCUGCAGUCCACUGGAGCUUCAAAUGCAGGAUGGUGAGCAUACUAUUAGAAACAUUGUGGAGAAAACCCGGCUGCCAGUCAAUGUCAUUGUACCCAGCAGCCCACCCCGCAACCAGCACGACCUCCACCUUAUCCGGGAAGGUCACCGUUACAAAUUUGUCAACAUUCAAACCAAGACGGUGGUGGUUUGCUGCAUUUUGCGGAGCAACAAAAUUAUCCCAAUUCAUUUUCCUCUACAUAUGGCCAUGCCUAGGUUUAUUAUUCCAGAGGGACUCCUGCAAGGAGAGCUGUGGCUAGACACAAUGGUGCAUCGCUGGUUCACUUUCUGUCAGGAGCAGUUUGACAUUGAUGACUAUUCUCGUGCCGUCAGGGAUGUGCGCACAGACUGGAAUGAUGAUGGGAAAAGUCCUAACAAAAGCAGCGGGAAUGGCAGUUGUGGUGGGAGCAGUGGAGGCAGCAGCAGUUCUAAUGGGUGUCCCACCCACAUGCAGGUCCCCAGCUCAUUGACCUAUGCCCGGGAUGAACUCACCCAGUCCUUCCACCGACUGUCUGUGUGUGUGUAUGGCAACAACCUGCAUGGCAACAGUGAGGUUAAUUUGCAGGGCUGUAUGACGCUAUGUGGAGACUGGGCCCUUCUGCCAUCAGACAGCAUUCCUACAGAAUCAGGAGACAGUGAACACUUCUUCCCUGAGCUCAUGGAUGGCUUAAACCAUCAACCACCCCUCCUAAAGUCGGAUCUUCCCUACGAGGAGCUGUGGUUGGAUCACUUGAGAGGUCAGAUCCUAAAACCCUCUCUGAACGAGGGAGCACGAGGCAUCAAUGGUUGUAGCACAACAGCAGUCCUGUCAUACCCAGUUACUUGUCCUCUUGGUCCGGUAACCACUUCUGAUAUGUCUCUGUCUCCACCACCUGUCCCACCAAAGUCUGAAGCUGUGAAGGAAGAAUGCCGCCUUCUGAAUGCACCGCCAAUUCCUCCUCGAACCUUGAAACAGAUGUCCAUGGUGCCUGUUAUUCCUAAGCCACGGCAACAAGACACUCGUUCUCCAAGUCCAACUCUUUCUUAUUAUUCUUCAGGUCUCCACAACAUUGGGGGAUGUGAGAGCGAGGCGGCAGAGCCUCAGGAUCCCAGCCAUGGUUGCUAUCCAUGUAACUGGGGUAAAGACAGCACUGCUGAACCCAGUACCGCUUCAUCUUGUGCUCGCUCACCAUCAGAUGGGAUGUCAUCCAGGCUGUCUUGGCCAAAUAACUUCAGUGGAGGAGAAUUGCAGGGCAUGGAGGACUUCCUGCCGGCCAAGUGUCAAAGUUACUACAGUUACCCCCGAAAGAGAUCGCCAGGCACACCGAAAAACUGUAUAUCCAGCCUUGUGGACUUUGAUGACCGAGAGCAUGCACAUGGUAGCAGUGACUUCAGAUUACAGAAAGCCUCUAUGAAUCAAUUUUGCACCAAGUCUUCAAGUUACACUUUAGAAAUGUAUAGAGAUAAGCCAAUAGAAGAAUGUAACACUAAACAGAGCCUUUCUUGCCCCAUCUUACCACCAAGAACCCCCAAAUCAAAUUCAGUGAAGAGGGGCACAGACCUGCUGUUAGCAUCAUGUGACAGAAAGCAAGAAAGUCCACAGCCCCUGCUAAGUCAGCAUGAACAGGGCACUAAAGAGAUAUUUUCCAUCUCUUACCCGCAGUCUCCAAACUGCCCGUCCUUUCCUCCCUCAAUACUCUGGCAACCGCCAUCCAAUCUGGCUGGUCUGUCCAUCGAGGAAGUGUCCAGAUCUCUGAGGUUCAUUGGCCUACCUGAUGACAUUGUUUCUCUUUUUGUGUCUGAGAAAAUUGAUGGGAACCUGCUGGUGCAGCUCACUGAGGAGAUUCUGUCUGAGGACUUCAAGUUAAGUAAACUGCAAGUUAAGAAACUCAUGCAGUUCAUUAAUGGUUGGAGACCUAAAAUAUAAUUUACACCGAUAAUCCUAUUGUAAAGCCGAAGGGGAAAAAAAACAAAACAAAACAUGCCUUCAAUACAUAUGCAAUGCACACCCAGCCAUAGAGUUACUUUUUUGUAUAUUUUGAAGUUGUUUCCUUGUGACUAGAUCUAGGGGGGAGGUAGAUAGGUACUGCCUCUCAUCCCACUUGAGGUCUGUGACUGUUUGGUAACCGAAUAGAAUGAUAUGGCACUUUCUGUAGACAUUUUCAUGUCAGAUUCUUCCUACUUCUUGGUGCACGGCCUUGUAGUACUUGUGUCAUCACACAAAUCCUAAUUUAGUCCCAGUCAAUUAAAAAGAAAUGGCUAAUGUGGUUAUUGUACUGACCAAAGCAGUAGAGAUAAGUUGACAGGAAAACAAAUCAUCACUAACAAGCUUGAUGAUGGCUUUGUAUGAUUUAAUUCCUAAAUGACAACAUAACCCAAUUUUUGUAUUGAGGGGAUUUUAAAGGAACACAAAGUAAAGCAGUUUAAGUGGACAAAAGUGGUUUCAGAUUCGUUGUACUCGAGGCUACUCACAUUACCUUGUUUGUACCGUGCCCAAGCACGUUUGACUGCAAAAUCUGGAUUAUUUGACUAGUGUGAUCACUUCGUACCGUGCUUGAAUACAGUACACUUCCCCCGCUCUGGCACCGUUGGAGGGGGUGUGCUCCAGUACGGUACGGGCGUUCAUGCACAAGCACAUGCACAGUCAUGUAUGCACCAAGGUAUAUUCCCAAAAAGGUUAAAGUCAGCAAGAGAGUUUUCAAAAUGUUUGUUUACCUGCAAAACUUGCAUUUCCCUGACAAAACUUAUGCAUUCUCUUAAGUCCCAUUGCCUUUAUAUAUAUUUUUUUGUUUUUGUUUUUGUGAUUAAACAUACAAUAUAGUGGGGUAUACAAUAAUUUUGCAUCAAGGACAGACAAAAGUACCUGAGGCGGAAGUAAAAAAAAAAA